UGCCUUUUCUUCGAGAUGCUCUACAAUGCUCAGAUUCUAGCAGCGACGACCGCCAUCCAACAGUACGGGUUGAGACAGGAAGAAGAGACGUUGGAGCUGGGACUGGUCAAGGCAGAGUUCGAGAACACUGUCUACGAAAGAUUGAGUAGAGUGGCAAUGAUCAGCAGGAUGUGUGGCAGACUGGGCGUUGUACGGAGCUUGCCGCUCAUAUACAGGUAAGUUGCGCGCCUUCUCAAAUCAAUGUCCAUACACCCACCAGACUCGCUGACUUGUCGGACGCCUCUCCAACUGUGCUCCCUCCCCCACGUAGAAACGUCAGCUCGGGAUUCUGUGCCUGGACACUAGGAGAGAUACGUAAGGUCUCUCUAGGAGGUGCAGAAGUUCCGGACGGACAGCCGCCCAUCCCCGCGCUCUUCUCCAUGAUCGAGGAGAUCGCGUAUGGCAUCG